AUGGCAUCCGAUGGAUUCGACUUCUCAGAUGCGGAGGAAUACUUCGAUGCUGUCGAGCCAAGAAUUGUCGCUCAAAGCAAAGGGAAGGCGCCGGUGACAUCUCUCGCUGACUCUCGUGCCAAUGCGUCCAAUCCCAGUCAUGAUGGGGAGGCAGCCGUCAAGAAGCCCCGAGUCAAAUUGCCGGCCGUGUCGUUGGCCGACUUUGACGAGGAAGAGGUGUACGAGGGCAGCGCAAUGGAUCAAUGUCUCGCUUUGCCGGAGAUGCUGGAGCGUAUCCUCCAAUACGUACCCCCGCUCCAGCUCUAUCCGUUACAGCGAGUCAAUACGCUCUUCCGGGAUCUCAUUUGGAGAUCCAUCUCCAUCCGCCGACACAUGUUCAUGAUACCUCACGAGAAGUACUUCGUCCGUGGAGAGCUCAACCGCUUGUUUGGCCCCAAGUCCAGAUCGAAGCUCAGAUUGGCCACGGCGCCUUUCCAUCUGGAGCUUUACGCCGAUCGCACCGGGCGUGGUGUCCAUAUCAAAAUCCACAAAGGCAAGCUAUGGUGA